AUGACAAAUUAUUAUUGGAUUAUAGCUCAACAUUCUGGGAAGGUUCUUGAAGUUGAAGGUGGCUCUGUUCAUAAUUGUGCUAAAAUCAUCCAAUAUACCAAGAAAUCUGAGGAUGACCCUAGUGUUGAUACUCAACUCUGGUUUUUUGAUGGCGGAUUUAUCAUCAACAAAAUAUCUGGCCUCGUUAUCGAUGUUCUUGACGGUGCACAGAUUAUUCAACAUAAAAGUUUUCCUGAACCUGUUCACAAUCAGGAGUGGGACUACAAUUAUGAGGAUAAUAGUAUCAGGUUGAGAUCUAAUCGAAAGUUUGUACUUGAUGUUGCAAAAAUAAGACAAGAAGAUGCAACCCCAUUAAUCCUGUAUGAAGACCUUUGUGGUCCAAAUCAAAAAUUUACUUUGCAAAAAUGGAAUUAUACUUCAGGUGCUGAAAAUGUUGAUAAAUUAGUAACAAACAUUAUGGACAAUUAUAAAUUUUUACCAAAAUUAUCACAAAAUUUACUUGAAAUUUUGAAUGAUGACGAAUAUUAUGAUGUUACUAUUGAAGUUGGUAACGAUCCUAAUGUAAAAAUAUUUCGGGCUCAUAUGAUUAUCUUAAAUUGUCGUUCUACUUAUCUGCGAGAAAUUUUGUCAGCUAAUAAAAAGAAAAAUGGUGAAUCUUUAGUUCAUAUUAAAUUACCCAAUAUUCUACCUGAAAUUUUUGAAAUUAUUUUAAGGUAA